AUGGCCAGAGAGCAAUUACAGGUGCUGAAUGCACUUGAUGUAGCCAAAACACAAUGGUAUCAUUUCACUGCAAUUAUUAUUGCUGGAAUGGGCUUCUUCACAGAUGCAUAUGAUCUCUUCUGCAUAUCUCUGGUAACCAAAUUGCUGGGCCGCAUAUACUACCAUGUUGAAAAUGCAGAGAAACCUGGCAUUUUGCCUCCCAAUGUAUCAGCUGCUGUGAAUGGUGUGGCAUUUUGUGGAACACUAGCAGGCCAGCUCUUCUUUGGUUGGCUUGGUGACAAGAUGGGAAGAAAGAAAGUCUAUGGCAUGACUCUUAUGCUCAUGGUCAUCUGCUCCAUUGCUUCAGGCCUCUCCUUCGGGCAGAACCCAAAAUCCGUGAUGACAACUCUUUGCUUCUUUCGAUUCUGGCUCGGGUUUGGCAUCGGUGGUGACUACCCUCUUUCUGCCACUAUCAUGUCUGAAUAUGCUAACAAGAAAACUCGAGGUGCCUUCAUUGCUGCAGUCUUUGCCAUGCAGGGCUUUGGAAUUUUAGCUGGUGGUAUAUUUGCUAUUAUUUCUUCAGCUGCGUUUGAGGCCAAGUUUGAUGCUCCAGCUUAUGAGGUCGAUCCAGUUAAAUCCACUGUUCCACAAGCAGACUAUCUUUGGAGAAUUAUUGUCAUGGUUGGAGCAAUCCCAGCUGCAAUGACUUACUACUGGCGGAUGAAGAUGCCUGAAACCGCCCGUUACACCGCUCUUGUUGCCAAGAAUGCGAAACAGGCUGCAACAGACAUGUCAAGGGUUCUGCAGGUUGACAUUGAAGCUGAACCACAGAAGAUGGAGGAGUCGGUUAGUGCAUUUAAGUUGUUCUCUAAGGAGUUUAUGCGUCGCCACGGGCUUCAUUUGCUUGGAACAACAAGCACUUGGUUCUUGCUUGACAUUGCAUUCUACAGCCAAAAUCUGUUCCAAAAGGAUAUUUUUAGCGCGAUUGGAUGGAUCCCUCCUGCUAAGACUAUGAAUGCUAUUGAAGAGGUUUUCAGAAUUGCAAGGGCACAGACUCUUAUUGCUCUAUGCAGCACUGUCCCAGGCUACUGGUUUACAGUUUUAUUCAUUGACAGGAUUGGAAGAUUUGCUAUCCAAUUGAUGGGAUUCUUCUUCAUGACAGUGUUUAUGUUUGCACUGGCCAUUCCAUAUGACCAUUGGACUCAUAAGGACAACCGAAUUGGGUUUGUGGUGAUCUACUCUUUGACCUUCUUCUUUGCAAACUUCGGUCCUAAUGCCACUACAUUUGUUGUGCCAGCUGAGAUUUUCCCAGCUAGGUUCCGGUCUACUUGUCAUGGGAUCUCAGCGGCGUCUGGGAAGCUUGGUGCCAUAAUUGGUGCAUUUGGGUUCUUGUAUUUGGCUCAGAACAAAGAUAAGUCCAAGGCAGAUGCAGGGUACCCUGCAGGAAUUGGGGUGAAAAAUUCACUCAUUGUGUUGGGUGUAAUUAACUUCUUAGGGAUAUUGUUCACCUUCUUAGUGCCCGAAUCGAACGGGAAGUCAUUGGAGGAGAUGUCCGGUGAGAAUGAAGAAGAAAAUGAAACUGGGGCAGUGGAGUUGGAGCCAUCAGGCUUAAACAAGAGGACAGUUCCACUUGGCUAG